CCUUGAGAGGGAGGCGCCCGUGGGGCUCGCCCAGCCUUUCCUCUCCCUGUUUCUUAGCGAAUGACUCGGAUAUUUCCCAACCUGCCGGCGGUGGAUACUGUCUACAACGAGGGCCGGGGCUGCCUCACAGCCUUCCUGCGAGCUGCAUGGAGAAGGCAGCUACCGCGGUGCAAAGCGCCGGGGACAACGUGUCAGCGGCCGCGGCGGCGGCCAACAGCAGCGGCGGAGGCAGUAACAGUAGCAGCCGGAGUAGCACCCGCCCCACGUCGGCGGGGUCCUCGCCUUCCUCCUCCGCCAGUCGGGGGCUCUCGGGCCGGCAAGGAGGAGCGGCGGCUGCGGCGGGGGGGGGGGCGGCCUGGAGGAAGAGCCGCGGACGGGGCGGAUCUCUCCACGCCACUGGACACAAAGCGCCGGCGCCGAGAACGGAGGCAGUUCUGGAGGGGGCCUUGAGCAAAUACACCAACCUCAUCCAAGGUUGGCAAAGCAGGUAUUUUAUAUUGGACUUUGAGACUGGAAUUCUACAAUACUUUGUAAAUGAACAGAGUAAAAACCAGAAGCCUCGAGGAAUCUUGUCUUUAGCUGGCGCCAUAGUUUCUCUCAGUGAUGAAGCUCCGAACAUGUUGGUGGUAUAUUCUGCUAAUGGAGAAAUGUAUAAACUGAGAGCUGGUGAUACAAAGGAGAGACAGUACUGGGUGACUCAGCUUCGAUCUUGUGCCAAGUACCACACAGAAAAUAAUUUGAAG